AUGGCUCCCUUCCGCGCCGAACACAUGGGGUCCCUCCUGCGGCCCCAAAACCUUCUCGACGCCCGUGAAGCCAUCCGCGACAAGGGCCUUUCCCCCGAAGAGGCCGGACUCCCCGCCAUCGAAAAGGAGGCGGUCGGCAAUGUCGUCAAACUCCAGCAAGAACUCGGCUUCAAGGCCGUCAACAGCGGCGAGUUCAACCGCACCCGCUUCUGGGGCUUGAUGUGGGACGAGUUUGAAGGGUCCGUCGCUCUGCAGGAAGCCGAGGCCAGCAUGUUCCGCCUUUACCACCCGGACGUCGUCAGCCUGAUCGAAAAGGACCGCAAGGUGAUGCCUGGCGACAGUGUCAUUGCGGGCGCCAAGUUGAGACACAACAGGGAGAAAAGCAAGUCGAACUUGCACGAGUUGAAGCUGGUGCAGCAGUUCACCCCGAAGGAGGAGUGGGCGAACAUCAAGUUGACCAUGAUCACCCCGGCCUGGUUCCACAUGCGCUACAAGCAGGGCAAGGCCUAUGCCGAAGGCGUGUAUGCGAAUGACGAGGAGUACUUUGCCGACGUGGCCAAGGUUUAUCAGGAGGAGCUCAAGAUGCUCUAUGAGGCUGGCUUGAGGAAUGUGCAGUUUGAUGAUCCUGGUUUGGCUUACUUCUGCUCCGAAGAGUUCCGCGCCGGUUACGCUUCCGACCCCGACAACACCAUCUCCAUCGACACUCUCCUUGACUCCUACAUCAAGCUUUACAACGACUCCCUCUCCCUCCUCCCCGCCGACUUCCACACCGGCGUACACCUCUGCCGCGGAAACUUCAUCGGGGGCCGCCACUUCGCCUCGGGCGCCUAUGACGUGAUCGCCCAGAAGCUUUUCCAAGAACUCAACGUCAACACCUUCUACCUCGAGUACGACACCGCGCGCGCCGGCGGCUUCGAGCCCCUGCAAUACCUUCCCAAGAACAAGAAUGUCGUGUUGGGUGUGGUGAGCACCAAGCUGAGGGAGUUGGAGAGCAAGGAGGAGGUGAAGAGGAGGGUGGAGGAGGCUGCAAGCUGGGUCGCCAAGGGCACCGGACAGAGCAGGGAGGAGGCGCUGAAGAGAGUCAUGGUCAGCCCCCAGUGCGGCUUCAGUACGCAUGAGAGCGGGUACCCCCUCAGCGAGGACGAUCAGAGGGCCAAGUUGAGGUUGGUGAGAGAGGUUGCGGAUGAGAUCUGGGGGGAGGCCUAA